AUGCCGUUAACAUUUGAGAGAGUUAAGCCAGAGUUAACAGCAGUCGAAAAGCAAAAAAGUGGCAUGUGGAAAGGCGGCUUUUAUAGAACGUUGCUCAAUGACAUUGCAAGGGACGGUGACGCAAUUAAAACCGAAAAAAAGGAAAUAAAGCAGGAGAUUAAGGAUCCAGAUGAUACGGAAAGCAUUAAAACUACUACUUCACGUGAUCAUGCAAAAAAGCUCUCUGCUUUGCGAAAAAGCAGCGAAAAAGAUGAUAUGCUUCCUGCACUACCGAGUUGUAGCAGUCCAAAGAAAAAGUCCAUCUAUUCAGAUGCUUCCGAUGACGAGCCGGAAAUAAGCAACGAAGGCCCAGUACAGCUGAAGCCUGGACUGAAUAUUCUGGUUUCUUUUUCGCCCAAAUUUGCGAAAUUUUGCUGUUACUUAGAUGAUUGUGGCUUGCCUUUUUAA